AAAGUUCAAGUGGCCAUCGAUCUGUACUACCAAAAUUUGUCCCAUAUACAUAAAUAAAUACAUUACAUUAUGUUCAUAUGCGAACUCCAAUCUGUACAUUUGCAAAAUUCAUGACAUGUACAUUGUUCCUGACAAGUUUAGAUAAGUGAUAAAACAUCAGUAAUUAUUGUCGCUGAUUGCAAAUUCUUCUGAUUUCUCAUCAUACCAAUAUCUUUUGCAUAGUGAUUGAUUUGAUAGUCUUGUGAUUGUCAGCAAGCAGUGUGGGCGAACCUAAUUGUAACAUCUUUUAAUAUACAGUUUGAUACUGGUGCUCACAUAUUUUAUACCACUUUGACUUCGACUUAAGAAUUAUUCAAGUAAUUAACUCAGGACAACGCAUACAAAAAAAUGGCAGCCGACGCCGGAUUAGUGAAUGGUGGAGCUAGUAAUAAUGAGGGGUUCUCAAAAAUGAUGACCGAGAUGCGGAAAGUUUUUGAGACUGGUCGGACCCUGCCUCUUGCUUUCCGACUACGUCAACUGGAUCGUUUUUAUGACAUGGUCAAUGAAAAUUUUGAUGACAUGUUAUCUGCGAGCAAUAAAGACAUGAGGAAAACAAAAUUUGAAGCUGGCAGUUAUGAGCUUGAAAUUCUCAAGAUUGAGGCAAAAAAAAUGAAGAAGAACUUGAAAACUUGGGUACAAAGGGAAUGGUUACCAUUUAAUAUAUUGGUGCCUUUCGAUUCAGCAUGCAUCAAGAGAGAUCCGUACGGUCUAGUCCUUAUAAUUGGACCAUGGAAUUACCCGUUCCUUCUUCCACUUCAACCACUUGUGGGGGCUAUCGCUGCUGGAAAUUGUUGCAUUCUCAAGCCUUCUGAGCACUCGCCCCAUGUGUCUGCCAAGAUUGCAGAGCUUAUUCCAAAAUACUUGGAUCCGGAAUGCUACAAAGUUGCUCAGGGGGGUGUGCAAGACACGAUCCAGCUCCUGGAUCAGAAAUUCGACUAUAUUUUCGCGACAUCAUCGACUUGCAUUGGCAAAUCAAUUAUGCAAGCUGCAGCUCGUUUUCUUACACCAGUGACUUUAGAACUGGGAGGAAAGAGUCCAGUCUACAUUGAUGAAGACGCUGAUCUAGAAAUGACAACAAAGCGAAUUUUGUGGGGAAAAUGUAUCAAUCUUGGUCAGACGUGCAUUGCUCCAGAUUACGUUCUUUGCUCCAGGAAAGCACAAACCAUUUUUAUUGAAAAUGCCAAGAAGUACUUGCAAGAGUGGUAUGGCGAUGAUCCCAAAACCAGCAUGGAUUUGCCCCGCAUCAUUAAUUUAAAUCAUUUCAAGAGACUCUCAAAGUUGCUGGAUGGAACAAGUGGAAAUAUUGCAUUGGGUGGAGACAGAGACUCGGAAGACCUCUACAUUUCACCAACACUCGUUGUCGACGUCAAUGAGGAGGACAUGUUAAUGCAGGAAGAAAUUUUUGGUCCUAUUUUACCAUUCGUCACAGUCAACUCGAAAGAAGAGGCUUUGAAAUUUAUCAAAAGCAGACCAAAACCCCUGGCCCUUUAUGUGUUCUCAAAGUCCACAGCCACGAUGGAUUACUUUAUCGACAGAUCUAGUGCAGGAGCGGUCUGCGUAAAUGACGUGGUGGUGCAGAAUGCGUGGGACGGGCUGGCCUUUGGGGGUGUGGGUGACUCUGGGAUGGGUCGUUAUCACGGUCGUUAUUCGUACGAUACGUUUUCUCAUGAAAAGAGUGUCUUGAUUCGUAGUUUUUCAAAAACUGGAGAGAGCAUGGCUUCUGUCCGCUAUCCACCAUAUUCCACCCGCCACAUGCAAAUAAUUGGGGCCUUUGUGAAGCAUUUCACAAAAUUCAAUAUUCCGCAGUAUAAACCUCUCGCAUAUUUGCUAAGCUUCAUUGGGGGAGUUGCUUCGGCUAUCGCUGUCGUAGGCGCAAGAUGGAUAACGCCCAAGAAGCGAUAAAAAUAAAAUUAUUUACAAAUACAUACAUUGUUAAUAUUUAGUCUUUUAUGUUGUUGAUUCCACCAAAAGCAAAUUUCAUUAAAUUACAUCAAAGUAACAUUCCUAUACCAUA